UUACCCUUCUUUAGUAUUUAUUUAUAAUAGUUAUAGCGCGAUUUUGAUGUACAUGUUAAAAUACGUUUCGGUUUGUUUCUGCAGAUGAAUUGAGGUUGUUUAAAUGGUUAACUGUUUCCAAUGGCUUCAUGACUGUUGAUAAAAAUCUUCGUGAAACAUCGGGGGUUUAAAAAGCUUUUCAUUUCUAGUCCUGCAGUCGUCGAUUAGGCUACAUAACCACUUUGUAAGAAAAAAACGUCCCUUACGGUUCAUUUUAAUAAUAACUACUACAAAAUGUUAUUGAUACAUUAAUGCAACAAUCGUUGCCCUGAAAACAAUGAAGUUAAAUGCUUUUGAGAUAAUCUAGUUUUUUAGUGCAGUCUUUGUGUUACCAUUGCAAAUUAUCUCACGCUGCAGUAGGAACCUUUAGAAUAGCGAAUUUGUUAUCGGCGGAACCCUUUGAUUGAUGCGCACAUAUGUGAAUUUAACUCACGAGAAGCUCAAAUUUGUAAAAUUCAGAACAGAAGUAAUAUUACCUGACUUUGUCACAUUACUGUUCGAUUUUUUUUUCCUUAAGUGCUGCACACUUGAUAGUUGACCGUUUGUGUAUAGACUACGAAUUUGGGUUUCAGAAGAUUCAAACUCCAGCUAUGACAGAGGAGUCAAAUGGAACAGGAACACCCAGAAUGCUGGGAAAUGAGAAAAGCACGGAUGGUAAGAGUGGAGAGGCGGAUUCUGACACCGUGGUGGACCCCAAAACAGCAGCCCAAAGCUCUGAGGCUCCUGCCUGUGCUAAAAAACACAAGAAGAAGAAGAAAACAGCCGCUGACGGGAAAGACAGUCAGCAGAAAGGAAUAAAAAGCACAGCUGAGGAAACAUCUAAACAAGAGUCCACAGAAUUAACUCCCGAUGAGCAGCUGAAUCGAGAGCUGGACUGGUGCAUCGAACAGCUCGAGCUGGGCCUGAGAACUCAAAAAACCUCCAGCAAACAAAGGGAAGAAGCAAGUCGUGCUCUGAAGACUUUACGAAGCUCCAAAGCUCCUUUGGUGAAGAAGAGGCAGGUAAUGCGAGCGAUCUCAGGGGACUACAGGAAGAAGAUCGAGGAGGAAAGAGCCAGACAGUUCAAGCUCAUUCAGUCAUCAAUGACCUCUGCCCUCACCACGGUCUCUGAGUGCAAACCAGUGUUCCACCGGAGAGCCGAGAGGAACACACAACCCACUGACAAAACAGACCAAUCUCAAGAGACGCACACCCUGCAAGGGCCCCAGGAGACAACUGAACACACAGAGACUGAUCACGGCACAAAACCUUUUGUUUUCACUAAAACACGUCAAGAGUUUUGCUUCAACUUCAGUUUGUGACUGUACCCAUUAACAUCAACCAGCAGUAUUUGUGCCUUAAGUUGACAUUCUAUUGCAUGAUUUUACUGUACAUUCUUUAUGAAAUUCAUUUAGAAUAAAAUAUUGCAUAUUU